AUUCUCUCCCUUGAUCCAGAGCCACUCCCUUCACAUGAUAUCUGUUUACUUUAGAUGAGGCAGUUUUUGAGAAAGGAUCAUAAAUAUCCUGGCCCAGGGCCCUAGGAGCCAUGACAAGCAAAAGAACAUACCCACCUAGAGAUAGCCCUUAUAAUAUUUAAAUGUGUGGGUUAAUUUUUUAUCCACUUUAAUAACUGGAUAUUUUCCUCCCUCUCUACUUCUUUGUUUUCUGUUUCUGCUUGGGAGCUGUGGGCACAGACAUCCCUGCAGGCAAAUUACUCCAGAGCAUAUUACAGGACAGUCUUAUAAGGAGUAGUUAAAUUCACGAAUCUGAAGACCUGAUCCUUUUCCGAAAUGGCAGGUGUGAGUGGCUGUUUAAAAUAUUCUAUGUUUAUCUUCAACUUCUUGUUCUGGCUAUCUGGUCUUCUGAUCCUGGGAGUAGCAAUAUGGGUACGAGUAAACCAAGGUAAUCAAGAGAUUUUCGGCCAUGAAGAUUCUCACGCUCAAUUCCGUGUUUCUGCAAAUAUCAUGAUUUCUGUGGGUGCCAUCAUCAUGAUUCUGGGUUUCCUGGGAUGCUGUGGUGCCAUAAAAGAAAGCCGCUGCAUGCUCAUUCUGUUUUUCAUAGGAUUGCUUCUUAUCCUGCUCCUGCAGGUGGCAGCCGGUAUCAUAGGAGUUGUUUUCAAACCUGAGUAUAAACGCAUUCUGAAUGAGACACUCCAUGAAGAAGCAAAGCUUUUGAAUGAAACAAAUGAUGCAGCAGUGAAAUUCCAGAAAGCCAUAGCUGAAUUUGAAGAAGAGUUUAAAUGCUGUGGCUUGAUAAAUGGAGCUGCUGAUUGGGGAAAUAAUUUUGAGAAAUAUUACAAGUCAUGUGAAUGUCCAAUUAUGUCAAAUUUAUCCUGUACAACUUAUGAAGGAAAAUCUGUUUACAAACAGACAUGUGUUUCUCUAAUAAAAGACUAUUUUGGAAAAUAUAUUAUCAUAGUUAUUGGAAUAGCAUUUGGAUUGGCAUUUAUUGAGACUUGAUUCAUUGCCUCAGGUGUGCCUGUGGAGUAAGAUGCAGCAGCCUGUAUUAUAAAGUCUCCACUAUUUGACUUAGAAUGGUCUACUGGCGUACACUUUUCCCAGGAUUUGAACAGCAGCACUGUCUUUGUUGAGGCUUGCACAGCCCAAGGACUACUACCCAAGCUAUCAGUGUGUACAGUCCUGCCUCUAUGAAACAGUCACUCACCUGUAAACAAAAUGGUCAUGAGCUGUAAUCGCCUGCCAAGGUCACACUAUCACGAGCCUGCAGCAGUUAAAUGCCAACCACACAGCUUUAAAACCCUGUUGGCAUAGUACAAGACUUUAGAAACUGCCAAAGGGGACAUGACCUACCUACACAACUCAAAUCCGUGGGCCAUAAAUCCAAACCCCAUGAGAAGCCUCUUCACAUGUUAUUUUGUUCUACAAAUUCUACUCCCAAUUUUAUUUCUCAUUGUUCAAAGCACAUGCACCAAAUACUGAGUCUUGAGAUAACACUCCCAAAACUGCAAAGUUCUUCCAUGGAAUAAUUCAGGAGACAUGCUCUGUUGGCAGGAUGGCUUCCAAAGGGGAAAAAGGAGGAGCUAAGCUAAGCAUGCUCAGUUUACUUACUCCAAAUAUACCACCAGAUGAAUCGCUUCACUUCAUCUGGGCAAGCGGAAGGGCAAGGUAAGGUUGUAGUGGUGGUGAGGAGGGUAAGCUGAGAGGCUUAAAGAGUUAAACUAAUUGAGCUCCCUGAACAGGGGAGGGAGUAUCAGAAAUGGGGAAGAAGAAUUUUUCUUAGCAAUCCUCAUUUGAAAGAAUAUUUUUAAAUUUUAUUAUUUUAACUUCUAAUUGAAACCAAAAAAGACCAAACCUGUUGCCGUCGAGUUGAUUCUGAUUCACCACGAACCUACAGGACAGAGUAGAACUGCCCCAUAGAGUUUCCAAAGAGCACCUGGUGGAUUUGAACUACCGACCUUGUGGUUAGCAGAUGUAGCUCUUAACCACUACAUCACCAGGGUUUCCUUUCUAAUUGAAGAUGGCAUAUAUUCAGAAAAAUGAACAUAUAAGUAUGGUAGUUUUAAAAUAUAUCCAAAAAUCAUUUGAUACUCCACUCUUCAAAAGGAAGAGCCCAAUUCUUCUCCCCUCGAGUGUGGGCCAGACUUAGUGACUCACUUCUAGUGAGUAGAAGGUGAUAUAAGUGUGACUUCUGAAAUUAGGUCAUCAAAAGCAUUGCAGUUUCCUCCUUGUCUUCUCUCUUAAACCACUCACUCAGGAGAAGCCAGCUACCAUGUUGUGAAGACUCUCAUGUAGGCCAAUGAAGAGAUAUACGUGGUCAAGAGCUAAGGCCUCCUGCCAACAUCCAGGUGAAUGAGCCUUCUUGGAUGAAGAUCCUCCAGCCCCAGUCAAACCUUCGGAUAACUAUAGCCCCAUUCAACAACUUGACCAUAACCUCAUGAGAGAUCCUGACCAGAAACACUCAGCAGAGUUUCUCCUCAGUUCCUGGCCCACAGAAACUGUGAGAUAAUAAUUAUUUAGCAUUGCUGUAAGUCCCUCUAAGUUUUGAGUAAUCUGUUAUACAGCAAUCAAUAACUAAUACAAUAAGUAUACAAAUCAAUUUUCAGAAGCUGAACCCCCCAGUACCCAAAGCAAGAAGCAGAACAUUACCCUACUUCAGAAGUUCCCUUUAUUUUUCUUUCCAGUCAUUGCCCUCUUCCCUGAAGAGUAUGUAUAAUAUUGAUUUCUAACAGCAUAUAUUAGUUUUGCCUGUUUCUGUACUUUAUAUAAAUGAGAUUUAAGACUA